GUCAGUCCUGGACACGCUGAAACCCAACUUUUAGUGAGUAACUUGAGUUAUCUCCGAGUUUGUUCCGAGCCUAUCCCGAUUCCACCCAGCGCACCGUACAGUUCUAGAAGGUUUCAACGGCACGGACGGCCUUAGUAAGGCUGUUGAAUUUAGGAUUUCUCAACAUCGCAAUUAGGGACGGAGUUAAAGAGACGGCGAUGACAAAUGCGGCCCAUGUACCGAGGCAGAUUGUAAUCAAUCUGAAUGCUCUUGUCUAAGAAUUGGGGUUCCUCAGUGGGUCGACAAUGUGUAUAUAAGCUAGUUGUAUCUUCUUGCCUGAAAUACUGAACAAUCAACUCAAAAUCAAGACAUCUCUCAGAAUCACCAGUGUCAAUAUCAGUUCGGUACAGCUACCGGAUCACCACUAUAAUGCCUUCCACCGAAGUGAAUGUGACCGUCUUUGCCUAUCCUCAACCCGACAAGAUUGAUGAGGUUGCAACCCUUUGGAGCGAGCUUUCAAGCCAAGUGCAGGCCAACGAGCCCGACACGCUGUUCUACUAUGCCUUUGUCAAUCAAGAUCGAAAUGCAAUUGUGGUCGUAGAGAGAUACCGUAACCAAGAAGCCCUAGUGAAGCACAGCCAAACGCCCUACUAUCAGGCAUUCAUGGCCAAGGCCGGGGGUUUGAUGGCCAAGCCUCUUGAGAUCCAGCGGGGUGGUGGUCCAUUGCCCGAGUCAACCAAGGUUUCCCGGCUGUAGAUGGAAGGGAUGGGAUGGACCCUAAUCAUGAGAAUCUUUGUGCAUGAAAGAAGUAUAUUGGUGGUUCUGAGCUGUAUAGGUUAAGUUAAUCAACAUGACCUCACUCUGCACUCCACAUCAAUAAUACCGAAUCGGAUGGUGGCUAG